AUGUUGUACAGAACUAGCAGUGUAUUGCUGCUGUACAACCUGAGAUAUCAAGAAAAGAAACAGAAAGGGGAGAUGCCUAAAUUUAGAAUCCAGACUCUCCCACCGUCAAGAAGAGAGAAGCUGAGGGAGAUAUGGAGAAAUUCUCAAACAAAAUAUAGAAACAAAAGAAGAAAUUUAAAUGCAUUUCUCAACAUGACUCCCCCAGAUAACUCCAUCUAUGAUGGAGACAUCCAGGUAGACCCAGAUCAAGUCCCAGGUCCUACAUCACCACCACCAAGCCCACCUUCAUCACCACCACCAAGCCCACCUUCAUCACCACCACCAAGCCCACCUUCAUCACCACCACCAAGCCCACCUACAUCACCACCACCAAGCCCACCAUCAUCACCACCACCAAGCCCACCUUCAUCACCACCACCAAGCCCACCUACAUCACCACCACCAAGCCCACCUUCAUCACCACCACCAAGCCCACCUACAUCACCACCACCAAGCCCACCUACAUCACCACCACCAAGCCCACCUUCAUCACCACCACCAAGCCCACCUACAUCACCACCACCAAGCCCACCUACAUCACCACCACCAAGCCCACCUUCAUCACCACCACCAAGCCCACCUACAUCACCACCACCAAGCCCACACACUGAAGAGAUAAAGAAGGGAAAACCAUAUGUGGGACAAAUUGUUGCCAUAAGUAUGGAGGGGCUGCAGGUGAACUGCAUGAAACAACGUGGAGACAAAAAUGGUUUUGUCUGGCCAAAUAGGUGAGACUGCAUUUAUUAUCAAGAUCAGGAAGUUGUUUGUGGCUUAUCACAACCUCAGCAAGGCAGUCGGUUUGCUACUCUACCCAAAUUUGACUGGCUUAUGUACAAUGGAGUCUAGAUGAACUGAUUUAUUUGUGGAUCCACUCAGCUACGCUGUAUGUUCACGGUUCAAAUGAUAUAAAACAAUUGUUUGUUUUACUUAUAUUAAUACAUAUUGCAGACCAGUUUUGAAUUGAAAUGACAUUUGAUACACAAACAUAUGUUCAUAUGGUUCAUACAAUAUUUAAAAAAUGUUUAUUUUAUUGUUAAAUAUCAAAUAAAUCAAUAAAAUUUGAAUAUU